GAGCGGCUGAGGAGGAGGAGGAGGAGGAGGAGAAGAAGAAGGAGGCUGCGGUCUGAAGCCAGAUUUUAUCCUGGAUAUUUCGAAACAAACACCGUUUCGUUCACUUCACGGAGCAGUGUAUGAGUUUGAUAUGUUACUGUAUGCCCCAUCUUGCCUCUUUCCAUCCCAGUUCUAGGGGAGGUUGACCCGUUUUCUGCCUCCUGAGGAUCCUCCAGCAGCAACAGCGGGACGGUGAACGGUUUUUCCUCCAGAUAUGGAGUGUGAAGAUGUGGAUUACAGAGGAAUCCCCGCCGCUCGUUUAGCUGCAGUAGUGUUGUUAUACACUCCAGUGCGUUGCUGUUCAAGAGGAGAAUAACUAUGAGUACACAUUUUCUGACCAGGGGACUAAAUCGGUGAUAUAUCCUUUUUUUCUUUUAAAAUUUUUGGAGCACGACUGGACUCCCGUUAGGAAACGUGAGAGUGCAAUCCUGCUAGCCUGUUUGUAGUAGCUAUUAGCUCCAUUAGCCGGCUAACCGCUAAAAGGUGCUGGCUGGUGCUUAAAAGGCGUUUUGAUAACUCUGACCGGGUUUUGCCCACAUUUCCUCCCCACAGCAUAUUUAUUUACAAGAUUUAAGGGGAGAUUCACUCAUUCGGGAAUGAGGUCUCGAAAGGAAAGGAGCCGCUUGACCUUGUUUUGGGGUCUGAUGCUGGGUCUGUCGUCCUGCCUCCGGCCCGCCACCGCAGAGAUCUGUGGACCCAGCAUCGAUAUUGGCAAUGACAUCACUGAAUUCAGGCGUCUGGAGAACUGCACAGUGGUAGAGGGCUACUUGCAGAUCCUCCUCAUUGGUGACAAAAACAACAACAUCAACAACCAGGAAGUCUUCCGCUCCCUCAGCUUCCCCAAGCUGACCAUGAUCACAGACUACCUGCUGCUAUUCCGGGUGUCCGGCCUAGACAGUCUGAGCACGCUCUUUCCCAACCUCACUGUCAUCCGUGGUCGUAACCUCUUCUACAACUAUGCCCUGGUGAUCUUCGAGAUGACCAGCCUGAAGGACAUUGGCCUGUACAAUCUGAGGAACAUCACCCGCGGCGCCAUCCGCAUUGAGAAGAACCCCGAGCUCUGUUACCUGGACUCCAUAGACUGGUCGCUCAUCAUGGAUGCAGAAUUCAACAAUUACAUCGCUGGGAACAAGCAGUCAAAGGAGUGCAGCGAUGUUUGCCCGGGUAUCAUGGAGAACAACCCCCAGUGCAGCAAAACCAUGUUCAACGACAACUACAACUACCGUUGCUGGAACUCCAAUCAUUGCCAAAAAGUUGGGUGCCCAGAGAAGUGUGCACAGCGAGCUUGCACAGCAGACGGCGAGUGCUGCCAUCUUCAGUGUCUGGGCAGCUGCACAGUCCCUGAUAGUGACACAGCAUGUGCUGCAUGUGUGCAUUACUACUACCAAGGCCACUGUGUGGCUGACUGCCCGCCAGGUACCUACAAGUUCGAGGGCUGGCGCUGCAUCAGUGCUGAGCUUUGCUCCAAAGUCCACCUCCCCGACUUUGAUAGCUUCAUUAUCCAUGGAGGAGAAUGCAUGCCUGAAUGUCCAUCUGGGUACACACGCACCGCACCAAACAGUAUGUUCUGCACAGCCUGUGAUGGUCUGUGCGAUAAAGUAUGUGAAGAGAAGGUCAUUGACUCCAUGGAUGCCGCUCAGUCUCUCAAAGGCUGCACUGUUAUCAAAGGCAACCUGCAUAUCAACAUCCGCAGAGGCCACAACAUGGUGGCAGAGCUGGAGAGUUUCACAGGUUUGAUCCAAAGGGUGACUGGUUAUGUGCGGAUCACACACUCGCACACGUUGAGCUCCCUGGCCUUCCUCCGCAGCCUGAGAUACAUUGAUGGCGAAAGCCUUCAUGAAGACAUGUAUGCCUUCUCUGCAUUCGACAACCAACAGUUACAGUAUCUUUGGGACUGGAAGCAGCACAAUCUAACCAUCAAAACAGGAAAGCUGUUCUUCCGAGCCAACCCGAAGCUGUGCAUGUCUGAGAUCCGCAAAAUGUGGAACAAGACAGGCAUCCAGGGCCGCUUUGAUGAAAGUGAUUUCCGAAACAACGGCGACAGAGCCAGCUGUGAAAGCACUAUUCUGAAGUUUAAGUCCAACAGCACCAGCAGCACAAGGAUCAAGCUGACAUGGCAGCGCUACCGGCCCCCCGACUACAGAGACCUCAUCAGCUUUAUUGUCUACUACAAAGAAGCGCCGUACCAGAACAUCACAGAGUUUGAGGGACAGGAUGGCUGUGGCUCCAACAGCUGGAAUAUGGUGGAUGUGGAGCUGAGGACCGACAAGGAGUUAGACCCUGGAGUUCUGCUGUCCAACCUGAAGCCGUGGACACAGUACGCCAUCUUUGUUAAAGCUAUCACACUUACAGUGGAGGACAGACACAUGCCAGGAGCCAAGAGCAAGGUGGUCUACAUCCGCACCAGCCCCUCAGCACCCUCCAUGCCUCAGGAUGUUCGAGCAUACUCUAACUCAUCCACUCAGCUGGUGGUACGCUGGUCACCCCCUGUCUCACCAAAUGGGAACCAGACGUAUUACUUGGUAAGAUGGCAGCAACAAGCAGAAGACCGAGAGCUGUAUCAGCACAAUUACUGCUCUAAAGAACUGAAGAUUCCCAUUAGGAUCGCUGCCAUAGGGGUGGGAGACCAAGAAGAGGACACCAAGCCGACUAAACCAGAUCCCGAUGGGGCAGAUAAAGGCCCCUGUUGUCCCUGCCCCAAAUCAGUGGAAGACCUGGAGGCUGAAGCUGCUGACGCCUCCUACCGAAAAGUCUUUGAAAAUUUCCUCCACAACUCCAUUUUCACACCAAGGCCACCGGAUCGCCGCCGCAGAGAUCUGUUUGGCAUCGCCAACUCCACUCAGCCCCGGCGCAACCAGCUGCACGGCAACAGUAGUACUGCCCCUCCCCUUCAAGUUCCUGGCAACAACAGCACCACCGAACCGGAUCCGGCGGACCGAGAAUUUGAGUUCAUGGAGCAAUCGGUGACAGAGCGUGAGCUGCAGAUCUCUGGUUUGCAGCCGUUCACCGUUUACCGCAUCGACAUUCAUGCGUGCAAUCGACAGGUCCGACGCUGUAGCGCGUCAGAGUUCGUCUUCUCCAGAACCAAGCCUGCAGAAAAGGCUGAUGACAUCCCAGGCCCGGUGACCUGGGAGGGCCACGAGGACUGGGUGUUUCUGCGUUGGCCCGAGCCGCCUCGUCCCAAUGGACUCAUCCUCAUGUAUGAGAUCAAGUUUAAACUGGCCACUGAGACCGAGAAGCAUGAAUGUGUAUCUGGUCAGAUGUAUCAGGCCCAGCGUCGCGUUCGGCUGUCCAACCUCAGUCCGGGAAACUACUCAGUCAGAGUAAGAGCCACGUCUCUGGCUGGCAACGGCUCCUGGACACAACCUGUGGAUCUGUACGUGGCUGAACGGUACGAAAAUAUCUUCUACGCAAUGAUCUUUGUUCCCAUCUCCAUCAUCAUCGUCAUCUGCCUUCUGGUUGGAGUGAUGGUUGUCCUCAACAGGAAAAGGAACAGCGAUCGGCUUGGAAAUGGAGUUCUGUACGCCUCGGUGAACCCGGAGUACUUCAGCGCAGCAGAAAUGUACGUACCAGAUGAGUGGGAGGUGGCACGGGAGAAGAUCUCCCUGAGCCGGGAGCUCGGCCAAGGGUCAUUUGGCAUGGUGUACGAAGGCAUAGCCAAAGGCGUGGUCAAAGAUGAACCAGAGACACGUGUUGCCAUCAAGACUGUUAACGAGUCAGCCAGCAUGAGGGAGCGGAUUGAAUUCCUCAAUGAAGCCUCCGUCAUGAAGGAGUUCAAUUGUCACCACGUGGUUCGCCUCCUGGGAGUGGUCUCACAGGGCCAGCCCACCCUGGUUAUCAUGGAACUGAUGACGAGAGGAGACCUGAAGAGUUACUUGCGCUCCCUGCGACCUAAAGAGCAACAGUGGUCAAGCCUGUCUCUCCCCCCUCUGAAGAAGAUGCUUCAGAUGGCGGGGCAGAUCGCUGACGGCAUGGCUUACCUGAACGCCAACAAGUUUGUCCACCGAGAUCUGGCAGCCAGGAACUGUAUGGUUGCUGAGGACUUCACUGUGAAGAUUGGAGAUUUUGGCAUGACCAGAGACAUCUAUGAGACGGAUUACUACCGCAAAGGUGGUAAGGGCUUGCUGCCCGUACGGUGGAUGUCACCGGAGUCCCUGAAAGACGGAGUCUUCACCACCAACUCGGAUGUCUGGUCGUUUGGGGUUGUGCUGUGGGAGAUUGCCACUCUGGCAGAACAGCCCUACCAAGGCCUGUCUAAUGAACAAGUUCUCCGCUUUGUCAUGGAGGGGGGGCUGCUGGAGAAACCUCAGAACUGUCCUGAUAUGCUGUUUGAGCUGAUGCGGAUGUGUUGGCAGUACAAUCCUAAGAUGCGUCCAUCCUUUGUGGAGAUCAUCAGCAGCAUAAAGGAUGAGCUGGACCCAUCUUUCAGAGAGGUCAGUUUCUUCUACAGUGCCGAUAACAAGCCGGCCGAUGCGCCGCAGCUCCACCUCGAAAAGCUAGACAACAUGGAAGACGUUCCUCUGGACGUUCCUUCGUCAACACAGCUACAGCAGACCCCAGCCCCCCAGCAGACACCCCCCUCCCCAAGCUCAGAAGCCCCACCUGGCCCAUCGCUAGCCCCCAGUUCGCCCUCUUCUCCCUGCACAUCGAGAGCUGCCAUGGACAAGCAGCCCCCUGGCCAGCAAGCAGCCAAUGGGCUGUCAGGGGCGGGGCACGCAGCAGGGUCGGGGCUCGGGACAGGCUCAGGUGUCACAAUGCGGCCGUCUCUGGACGAACUUCCACCAUACGCGCACAUGAAUGGAGGACGCAAAAACGAGCGUGCCAUACCUCUCCCGCAGUCCUCUGCCUGCUGAUUGGACAACCCACCAGACUGCAGACCCUCCACCUGCUGGAGUGGAUGGGACUUUUUUUUUUUUUUUUUUAAAUCAACAUCAACUCUGUGGUCCACCAGCUGGAUGUGGCCACUUGGUGAGAAGAGUCACAGGAAGAUGGAGAAAACAUGUUCUGCUUUUUUCCCCCCUCCCCUUUUCAUAAUAAUCUAGUUUUGGUUUCUAUCAGCUGGCUGUCCGACAUGACACUGCCCUCGCUGCUGAGUGGGAAGAUCAAAAACAAACAACAAAACUAAAAAAAAAAAAAAAAAAAAAAAGGAAGAAAAAAAUUUGUGAGAGCACUUUCUCUCUCUUUAUGGCUGAACUUAUUUUAUAAAUCAUCAUUUGUUACUUUUUAUAUGUUUUUACAAAUGGGAGAAGAAAAAUGUGUAGGCCUUUAUACAAAUGACCGGCGUUUAGUUUGCUUUUGAACGGGCAUUAUGGUGAAAAUGUUAAGCAUAUCUAAUGAAGAAGAAACCCUUCAAGAGUGGUCAGCAUCUCUCCAUCAGUCAUUCAGUAGUGUGGUUGCUCUGCAGGCUGGGUGUCAGCGUAAUGCCGGGUCAACAGCCAACUCGCUGAAACAAACAACCUGAGGGAGAAAGGUCAACUCUGCCAAAUUUAUUGCCAAAUUUGUACUGUUUGUCAGAUCCUGUCUUCUGCAGUCUUGCGCUGUAAUUCUCCAACACACUAUACUGAAAAUUUAAAUGAAAAAAAAGUGCUUUGUUCUGUCACCACACCAUCUUAAAAUCAAAGGGAUAUUACCUUCUUCCUACAGUCCUACACUACAGUAAAUCUGACGUCAUAGACUUUGAAAUUAUCUGAAAUUGAGCCACAUCUUUUCACAAAGUGCUGUACCAUUACGAUUAAACCGCCAAAUACAGUCCAUAAAGAAAAGGAAAAAUCAAAGCGAGGACUGCGGAUGAAAAAGUGUAAAGAGGAAAAACAAAUAUGAGCACGAGUUGUACGACGUCUCUCAGUCGGGGGUUCUCAGAGUUCAGAGGCGUCUUUGUUGUUGUAUAUGAACAGGUAUUUUUUUAGGCUAGUCAUCAGUCUCCAACAUUUACGACAUCUCUCCGUGGGCAGAGUGUUUAUGUACACACCAGUUGUUUGUGUCACUUUUCUAACUUUUAUACAGUUGGAGACGUUCAUCGUGUACAGAAAGAAGCUGCUAUUCCUUAUUUCUCUUUGUGGUUGUAAUAUAGUCAAUAUCUAUAUAUUAAAAAGAGAAAAAAACUCCUUCAGGUUGGAUCUACGAACCUUUCAACUACAGUCCAUUUUUUAAAUGCUUGUAAUGGUGUAAAAUGUAUCUGAGCUGGUUUAGUUUCUGUGUUUGCGUAUAAGAUACGACUAUUUGCCUUGUGUUUUGAAACACUUCCCCUCCCAUCUGACCAGAGGACAGCGAUGGUGGCGACAGCCACUGGUGUUCUCGUGCUCUCUCGGGACCCGCUUGCAUCAGUCCUCUAUGGUUUGGACUAGGCCGCUUCACACAUCAUCAUCAUCACUCUGAGGCCAGGUGUCCCAACUAAAACUCAGGUCAAAGAGAAAAGUUUAAUCCUUUUCUGCUUUCAUUUUUGAUUUCCUUUUUUUUCUUGUGUCGUCAAACCCAGAGACAUCCAGCCUGGCGUUUUAAACCUCGGUCCCAUUCUUAGUCUCUCUGACUGCUUUUUUUCCCCUUUUAUUUAAACAAUACUCAGAAGCAGUUGUUUUUACAGCCACCUGAAACAAGAAGGUUUCUUGAGCUGUGUUUGUUGCACUUACUGUAUGGAAGCCUAAUGCUGACAAAAUGUAGGCUUGAGAUAUUUUAAAAUGUGGCAUAAAACACUGAUAAACAAUACUGUUAGUUAAAUUUAAUAUUCAAUAUUCAAAAGGAGUAUAAAAAGAAAUCUAUUCCAGAAGCAACAUUUGUUUAGCACCUAGCCAGCAAGAAAACACUAGCAGGAUUUUGUUAGCUAAUGCUAGUUAUCUACCUGAGCCACCUGUUUAACCGAAGCUAACUUAUCAUAAAACAACUCCAGAGCAAAAUAUUAAUUAUUCACAUCUUGUACUUCUUACUACUACAUCAACUACAUAGGUGUUGACUAGUUUGUACUUGUAUCAGUACCUAAAGCAGUUUAGCCAACAAGAAAAUAUUAACAUAUUUCCUUGCUAGCUAAUGCUAGUUAUCUUGCUUUUUAUUUUGGUUUGUUGUUU